CGGAGCAGCGUGACAGUCUGUCAUAGGUACUGUUGUAUCUGUUUCUGGGGAAGGAUACACCACGUGGAGAUGAAGGAAGAGAGUAAAGCUUCAUUUGACGUUGCUUUGUCUACAGUUGGUGGCCAAUUCGGUUGUACCAUUGAAGGACCAUUCGGAGCAAUAGAACAGCAUGAAACCUUAAAGAACCCAGAUGAAAGUACAGUCACCCCUGCUCCGGAUGGAGGCAGGGGCUGGAUAAUCUUACUGGCGGCCUGUCUCCUCCUGUCCGCAACAUCUAUCUACAGAACACUUCAGCCAGCUUCAAUAUCAGUUCCGCAACGUCCUGAAACAACCACACAGACAGCCACGACUUCCACUGUCAACGGGAACUUGGGACUGCAGCCAACACCGGCCCCUCCCCAUGGAUCUCCGGGGACAGCAGCGUCACCAUCAACAGGACAAUCACAGGGCGGGGGAUUGAUAUCCAGUGUUGACCGGUUACUGAUGGCGAUAGAUCUGAAUCGGUUAUUGAACAUGUUCAAUGCUGGAGAUCACAGUGUUGUUCAAAACAUCACAUCGAUCCUGUUUGCACUGAACCACAGCAGCCAGGCAGAGAAGUUUCUUGAGGGAUAUAGGAAACUCCAGGCCCAAACCAACCCUGUUGUAACAACUGUCGUUGCCACUAACGGCGUCUGCUCUUCAGUAUUUGGUGUAUUUAGCAGUACACUGGUAUUGCUGUUUGGAUAUCGCUGCACGGCAUUGGCGGGAAGUCUGGUUGUUGGGCUUGGGAUAUUGGGCGCUUACUUCUGUGAUCACUCUAAUAUCGUCCUUGUUUCGUUCCUGUACGGUGUUCUGACAGGCAUUGGGCAGAACAUGAUAUACGUCUCCAGUUUGUCGGCCGUUAUGGAGUAUUUCAAACGAAAAAGGUUAAUUGCACUAACAUUGCUAUCUAUAGGGAAUUUGCUGGUUAUUGUCCCGUUUGUGCUUCUGAUGGUGCUGGUCUUCCCGUCCGCGGGUAUGGUCAACAGCAGAUCGUAUUUCAUCCUGCAGUUUGCAGUCACUGGCUUACUAAUACCAGUCAGUCUGAUGCUGAAACCACUACAUCUGAGGAUUAAAGGCCCUGCUGGGGGAAGUCUGAUUUCAAGGCAGCUGGGAAUUCAAGGACUGACGAUCUACAAGAAACCAGUUCUUUAUACAGUCACACUAACGUUCUUCUUCUGGGAUGGAGGUUUCGAAAUCAUCAACAAGAAGGUGCCUGGCUUUAAAGGGCUAAUCUCCAUCCCGAAUAUGGCCGAUGGACUCCUAUUGACCCUUAUUCUGAGCGUCGCCGUGCUGUUGGGCGUCUGUAUUGCAUUCUGUACCGGCAGGUUCAUCCAACAGAGGGCCACCGUCAUCAUCUUCUGUGUAAACUGCGUCAGCAUUUGUUUCUUCUGUUUCCUUGCAAGUCAGUUGAGCAAGGAGACCUAUGCUACUGUGUAUUCCGCUGUGGUCGGUCUGUUGAAGGGGUUUACAGAUCCGAUAAUUCUGUUUACCAUCCCAAUGUUUGUUGGAGACAACAACAUGAGCAUUGGUAUCGGCAUGGUAACACUGGGACAAGGCCUUGGCAAAUUCCUCCUCCCUUAUCUGGCAGAUGAGAUCGAAGGAAGAACCAAGAAACUGGACCUGUCCUUCUACCUAGUGGGUGGUCUGUAUCUGAUGGGUUGUGGGUCUAUGCUUCUGACCUACGGCUUACACAAACGGGCAAAGAUUGAAGAUGUAUCUCCUAAGAAGUCUGACGGGAAGGCCGCAGAGCCAUCAACGACCAUCUCUGCCGUGAAGGUCGAAGGUCCUACAACCUAAAUGUACACUAGAGACAAUGAUAGAGACGUGUUAUGAGCCUUGUCCAACAAUGAUCAUAUAGCUGAUUUGACUUUACAAGUGGACACUAAACUUCGAACAUUGAAACAAUGGGGUAAAGAGGACAUAUAAGACGUGAAGAAACAAUAUUUCCCUGAACUGAUGGUUUAUUUUGCCGAUGUAUAACGUCAUGCGUUUGUGUCAAAUUGUAUUGGUAUGUUUUGACAAGUCGAUGACAAUAAUACAGUAAAACAUUAUGGUUUCCAAGAUGAGUUACAAGUAAAGUCAAGUCUAAAGGAGGAGAAGAAGAGUGAUUUGGUAAUGACACAGAUGGGGUGCAUGCUCAAUUAUCAUCACAGGUUUCUAUUCGCGACCUUAUAAUGGGUGUGUGUGUAUUAUCAUCAUUAUUAUUAUUAUUAAUAAUGAUCAUACCCCACGAGUCUCAUGAAGACUAUCCUUAGUUGUUUCAUAGACGAACACAAUAGUAUGUUCCCUUCGUGGUUGGAACUUCUGCAAAAAUAUAUAUAUAGUUAUUGUGACACGUUAUGUUUUCAUUGGUAAUUUUGUAAAUAAAUUUUUAGAUUUGAACGAGAAAAAUUAUUCAUGGCAGAAGAAGAUAACCAGGCAGUCGUUCAUAAAUUGCACGAAAUUUGCAAGAACCAUGACAUAUUCGAACAAAUUGGCCAGCAAUGUUCAGUUCAAAAGGCCAGACAAUCUGACGCAUAGCAUUUACACCAAGUGCAGUUUUAAGGACUGCAGAAACACACUCUGUUAAUGGAAUGACUUUAUUGCAUUUGAGGGGCCACAGGUCCAUUAUACAGUGCUUUGUACAAUAGAUACAAAUGCUGAUGGAGCACCGCACAGUCGGCGGGUGGUGUCAUAAUCAUGGUUGAGAUGGUGACGAUUUACGUUUUAUCAUUGCAAGAAAUACAUACUUCCCUUGACAUUCAAUGAUGAAUACAUUAUCUGAU